AUGCCAUCUGUUUCUUCACUGGCCCAGCUUCUUCUAGCAUUUUUCAUCUAUUUUACAACUGGAGAAACUGAGGUCAGAUUUUCUGGACAGACAGAGUUUGUAGUGAAUGAAACAAGCACAUCCGUUAUACGAGUCAUCAUUGAGAAGAUAGGAGCUCCUACCAAUGUCACUGUUCUCAUACUGCUUCAAGGGGAUGACACAGGUGACUUUGAAACAACUUCUGCUGUUUCACGCAUACCUGCGACAGAAGCUAACAGAACAAUUUACAUAGCAGUGAAAGAUGAUGAGCUCCCAGAGGCAGAUGAGACAUUCAUAUUUUAUCUUAUCUUACAGGAUGCACCUCAAGAUGUAAAGCUUGGAUCACCCAAUUCUGUUGCUGUAACUAUACUGUCAAAUGACAAUGCAUUUGGAAUUGUGUUUUUCAACAUGCCUCCCUUAAUUGCAGUGAAUGAACCCCGGGGUAGGAGCCAAUCUGUGCCUCUUAAUAUAACAAGAACGAAAGGAACCUAUGGAACCGUGACAGUGCAUUUUGAGGUGCAAGGUGUAAACCCUGAGGAAGAUUUAGGCCCCAUCAAAGAUGCUGUCACUCUAUUUCCUGGCAGAUCUUUUGUAGUUUAUAAUUUGUCCAUAUAUGAUGAUCAGAUACCUGAAAAUGAUGAGAUAUUUACUGUCCAGUUAACAAAUGUGGAAGGCGGAGCAGAGAUUAACAGCUCAAAGAGCACAGUUCAAAUCCAAAUCAACAAAAAUGACAGUCCACUACGUUUCACCCAGGCCUUUUACUUGGUGCCAGAAACAGUAGGGGAGAUAAGAAUGCUUGUGACUCGGAGCAAAGCUGAUGAUGGCUCUAUAAUUGGAUCUGAUGACUCUGUCAUCUCUGUCUCUUAUCAGAUACUGACAAGCAAUUCCACAGCUAGUGCACAGCUGAAUUCAGACUUCCUUGACCUACAGGCCAACAGGACAAUUGUUUUCCUACCUAAGGUCUAUGAAUCUAUUCUGAGAUUUCAGAUUGUAGAUGACCCAGCCCCUGAAAUAGCAGAAUCCUUUCAGAUUGUGUUACUUGAGAAUACCUUGCAAGGUGAUGCACUUAUUUUGCAACCUAGUGCUGUUCUGGUCACCAUUGAGCCAAAUGAUAAGCCCUAUGGAGUUUUAGCAAUCAACAGUCUGCUUCUUGCAUCAGCAGUCAUCAUCAAUGAAGACAUGACUUCACAGUUUGAGGGAAUCACUGUUGUGAGAAAUGGAGGGACAUACGGAAGGGUUUCUGUGAACUGGAUAAUUACACGGAACAGCAGCGACUUUUCUCCUGUGACAGCAGACCUCUCUCCAGCAUUUGGUACAUUGAACUUUACUCAGGGACAAAUGACAGCUGUAGUUCGUUUGAACAUUGUCAGCGAUGACCAGCCAGAAGAAGCUGAGCCCUUCCUAUUUAGGCUUUUGGCUCAUACUGUACAGGGUGGAGCUGAAGUGGAUGAACCCACAGAGCUGAUUUUCUUCAUCCAAGAUAGCGAUGAUGUUUAUGGUGUGGUAACAUUCUAUCCAACAGAAAGUCAGAAAAUUGAAAGCAAUCCCACAGGACGAUUUGUAUCACUGAGUUUUUCCAGGCAAAGGGGGACUUUGGGAAUUGUCCGAUUAAAUUAUACUGCAUUAUAUAUUCCUGCCGGGAGUGUGGAUCCUGCAAGAGCCAAAGAUGGCGUACUGAAUGUGACCAGGAAAAACAGCAUUAUCUUUUCUGCGGGACAAACGCAAAGUGCAGUAAAAUUACAUAUUAGAAAUGAUGCUUUCCUUCAGAAUGGAGCCCAUUUUCUUAUUCAGCUGGAUACUGUUGAGUUGAUAAACAUAACUCCACUGGUCUCAUCAAUAAGUCCCAGAUUGGGUAACAUCCCCAACAUUUCCCUGCAGAUUACUCCAGACCUUGCAAAUGGAGAGAUUGGCUUUUCCAGCAAUGAAACUCUUGCAGUGUAUGAACCAGAAAAUGUGUUUGAGAAUCUGGUCUCUAUUGCAUUGCAACGUGAUGGCACUGAUGGGCAGGCGGUAGUGUUUUGGAGCUUAAUUCCAGACGUCCAGAACCGCAGGGAUGUAACAGAAGAUGACCUCAGCCCUUUCCAUGGUUCUGUUACUUUUUUGUCAGGGCAAAGUCAUACCACGAUUAAUAUCACCAUCAAAGCAGAUGACAUUCCAGAAGUUAAUGAAACUGUAACAAUAUCCUUAGACAGGGUAGAGACAGAAAGAUUUGUGGUGUACUUUGGAACCAGUGCUGAAAAUCAAAUUCUCAAAUCAGGCUUUACUAGUCGCAGAAUUGUCAUAACUGAAAAUGAUGACCCUGGUGGAGUGUUUGAAUUCUCUAUAACUUCCAGAGGGCCUUAUUUUAUUAAAGAAGGUGAAACUCUAGAGCUGAGGAUAAUUCGGAGCAAGGGCACACUUCUGAAGCAGUUUGUGCGUUGCAGUGUUGAAAAUGGAGAAAACGAGUUCUAUGGAAACAAUGUGAUCCUGGAAUUUGCUCCUGGAGAACGUGAAAUAGCAAUAACCUUGCUGGCAAGGAAAGAUGAAAUACCAGAGCUGAAUGAACACUAUGCUGUCUUACUGAGCACUCAUGGACAACCAGCAAGCAAGUUAGGGACAGCUUCCCAGGUUAAUGUUACCAUUCUGAAGAAUGAUGACCCUCACGGUGUGAUCCAGUUCAUAAGAGAUGGACUCCUGGAGACGAUAAAUGAAACCAAAGGCAACACAGUUUACAAAGCUGAUUAUAUUAUAGAACGAAGCAGAGGAACCUUUGGUGAAGUCAACAUCUCAUGGAUAAUAGAGCCAACCUUCACAGAAGAUGUCUAUCCACCUUGGGGAACCAUAACAUUUCAAGAUGCAGAACACUCUAAAAACAUUACAGUUUAUUCUGUGGCUGAUGAGAUACCAGAAGAAAUGGAGAGCUUCACAAUCCGACUUAUGAAUGUCUCUGGAGAAGCAAGACUUGGAAGUCUACUGACAGCAACAUUGCAGAUUACAAAAAAUGAUGAUGCUGUUUUCUUUGCAGAGCCUGCUACUCUUCGAGUGCCAGAGGGUGAAGUGGCCAAUUUCACAGUGCUAAGGAAUGGAUCUACAGAUAUUGUAAUGACCGUUAUAUACCAGACUAUAGAUGGACUUGCUACUGAAAAUGAUGGAGAUUUUAUCCCUGUGAAAAGCAACAAUACUCUGAUAUUUGAAAUUGGAGAAAAUGCAAAGAAUAUCUCCAUUGUAGUCAAUGAUGACAACAACCCAGAAACAGAUGAACCUUUUUACAUAAUUCUCUUUAAUUCAACAGGUGACACUGUUGUUUAUGGAGCAAAGAUGGCCACAGUUAUUAUAGAAGCAAGUGAUGAUCCUAAUGGGAUCUUUUCUCUUGAACCAGUAAACAAGGCAGUGGAAGAAGGAAGAAGCAACAAGUUCAUGGUACUUAGACAGAGAGGACACUUUGGCAAUGUCUCAGUGACCUGGCAGCUCUUCACAAAUGAUUCUGCUUUGCAGCCUGGGCAGGAAUUUUUUGAAACAUCAGGAAUUUUGCUGAUCUUGGAUGGAGAAGGAGUCAAACCAAUAAUUCUGCGUGCAAUUCCAGAUAACAUUCCUGAAUUUAAUGAAGUCUAUAAUUUAACACUUAUGAACAUCUCAGGGGGUCAUCCAGGCCCAGGUGGACAGUUAGCAGACACCAACCUCAGUGUCCUGGUUGAGAUUCCCUUCAAUGAUGACCCUUUUGGAGUGUUUGCCAUAGAUCCUUCCAGCCAGGACAGAGAAGUUGCAGAAGAUGUUCUGUCUGAAGAUGAUAUGUCAUAUAUAACAAAUUUCACAGUACUAAGACAGCAGGGUACAUUUGGGACAGUCAAAGUGGGCUGGGAAAUAUUAACAGAGGCUUUUAGACGAGGGCUUCCACUUAUGACAGAUUUUAUUCUGGUUGGAUUGUUUCCAGCUUCAGUUGAAUUACGUCCACAUAACAGACGCCUUCACACUGGGACAGAUGCAUUGUUUUUCUCAGGGAAAGAAGAUGCUUAUGGAAUUGUUGGACCUGCAGAUAAUCCCAGUGGAAACAGCAGUCUAGGUAACCUCACAUUUUCAGCAUGGGUGAUGCCUAAUUCCAGUGUGGAUGGGUUUAUAAUAGCCAAGACAGUAGAUGGCAUGUUAAAUUUUGGUGUGAAAAUUCAAGCUAAUGAGACCUAUGUGUCCAUACUAUUGUACUAUACUACAGCUGAGUUAAAAAGAACACAAGUUGCAAAAGUUACCAUCAUGAUGUAUCUGGAUGAAAGUAUUUGGCAUCAUAUUCUGAUUACCCUGGAAGACCAAAUCAUUGAAGUUUACUUAGAUGGAAGUCAAGUCAAUGGGAGUGUGCGAAGUCUUAAUGGUGAAACAAUUCUAAAUGGUCCUGGGACUGUGUUAAUUGGAGCUGCUCCAGAUGGAAGCCAAAGGUUUGUGGGGCUAAUGCAAGAUGUUAGACUGUAUUUGAGUAAACUGAGCCAGUCUCAGAUCCAUGAACUUCACUACAGCCCAGCAAAAUCAGAUGUGGAACCUGUGUCUGGGUAUUUGCUAUAUCAAGCAGGAGAGACAAAGAAGUCUUUUAUCAUCUCUUCCAGAAAUGACAUACAGGAGGAAGGGGAAGAAUUGUUUUUUCUUAGGCUGGUGUCAUCCCAUGGUGGAGCACGUAUCCCAGAGGAUAAAAGCACGGCACAGUUAAGAGUGCUAAAAAGUGACAGUGCCAAUGGAAUCUUUAGCUUUACAGGAACCUGCACUCCAGAGACAGCUGAUGAGGGUUCUGUAGUAUCCUGUAUUAUUGAGCGUACAAGAGGAGACUUGGAUGUUGUCUACGUAUAUUACACAGUAUCACAGGUCAACUCGAGCGGCAUUAAUUACAAUGUGACUGAUAUUGCCAAUGCCAGUGGAAUGAUAGUCUUCACUCCUUUACAAAGAUUAGCAGUCCUAAAUUUACGCAUCAUUGAUGAUGAGAUUCCUGAGCUUCCAGAACAUUUCCGGAUCAGACUGGUUUCUGUCGUUUCUGGAGAUGGAAAGGCUGGCUCUACCCCAACCAGUGGGGCAAGUAUUGAUCCAGAAAAGUCAGUCACUGACAUCACUGUUAAUGCCAGUGACCACCCUUAUGGUCUGCUGCAGUUUGCACUAGGCUUGCCUCCAGGCUCAGAUGUUGACAUGAUAAAACCAGCAUCUUCUGUUCCAAGUAUUUCAGUAGUUGAAGAAAUUGGUCAAAUAAGGUUACUGGUGGUGCGUGCCCAAGGUAUUUUGGGAAGUGUGAUGGUGGCUUACAGAACAGUCCCGCUGAGUGCUAUCAGCCCGGAUGACUACCAGGAUAUUGCUGAUACAUUGUAUUUUAAUUCAGGAGAGCGGUACAAGUUUAUUUAUGUCAACAUUACAGACGAUUCUGUUCCCGAACUGGCAAAAUCCUUUAAGGUAGAACUUCGAAACCCUGAAGGGGGAGUUGCUGAACUUUUUAGAAGUGAAGGCAGUGGUAGCGGUGAUGGGGACAUUGAAUUCUUCCUUCCAGCUGUACAUCAACGUGCAAACCUUGGCAUUGCAUCUCAAAUCAUUGUAACAAUAGAAGCGUCAGAUGAUGCCCAUGGUGUGUUUCAAUUCAGCAAUGACUCACUGAAGGCAAAUGGCACUGAACCUGAAGGAGGGCGAGGCACUGUUAUGCUGCAGGUUUUACGUAGUGGUGGUGCCUUAUCCAUAGUGACCCUCUUCUGGGAGAUUACUUCUGAUCCCAAUAAUGACCUGGUCAAUACUUAUGGUAACAUUACCUUUGCAACUGGACAGACAAUUGGUACCGUAGCUAUACAAAUUCAAUCAGAUGAUCUUCCUGAACUGGAUGAAAUGUUUCUUGUUCAUAUCAUCAGUGUUUCAAAUGGUCGUCUUGGAUUUCAGAGAAAUGCUGUACUAACUAUUCUUGCUAAUGAUGACCCAUAUGGACUUUUCAUAUUUUCUCAAGGCAGCAGACCAGUAAGAGUGGCUGAGGGAAAUGCCAGUGUCACCCUAACAAUUCAGCGUCUCAAUGGCCUCAUGGGAGCAGUCGGAAUAACAUAUGGGACUGUGAAUGAUAAUGAUAGGUCUUCAUAUCUUCCAUCUGGUGUAGUCAGGGCAACAAAUGGAAGUGACUAUGUGAUUCUGUAUGGAUCUGCGACAUUCGCUGCCAAUGAAAGUGAAGCCAACAUAACGCUUCAUGUGCUGGAUGACAUGGUCCCAGAGAGGGCAGAGUCUGUGUUUGUCCAGCUGUUCAGUGUUGUUCUGGUGAGCGGUAUACAAGACAGGCAGAUUCCAGACUCACCGCGACUUGGAUCAAGGAGUGAUACCAUAGCUCAUGUCAUCAUUGAGGCAAAUGAUGAUGCAUUUGGAGUCUUACAGCUGUCUGCUUCAGCUGUGAGGGCAGCAGAAGACUAUAAUGGACCGAUCAUCAGCGUAACAAGAACUGGAGGGAUGUUUGCUGAUGUUUCUGUAAAAUUUCGAACAGUGCCACUGACUGCAACAGUUGGUGAAGACUACACAGUGGCCUCAUCAGACGUGGUCCUCCUGGACAGAGAAACCACAAAAGCAGUGCCAAUUCUAUUCAUCAAUGAUAAUUAUCCAGAAGAAGACGAGACCUUUUUGGUAGAGCUGUUAAACCAAACAACCGGUGGUGCCAUGCUGGGAUCUGUUAUUCAAGCACUCAUCACCAUUGAAGCAUCAGAUGAUCCAUAUGGAUCCUUUGUGUUCCAGGAAACAACAUUAUUAGUGGAAGAGCCAGAAACGGGUUUUGCACUUGUAAUUUUGACAGUAAUUCGGAAUGCUGGCACGCUUGGUAAUGUUACUCUCCAGUGGGUUGCUACUAUUAAUGGGCAACUUGCAACAAGUGACCUCAAACAUGCGUCUGGUAAUAUAACCUUUACUGCUGGAGAAACUAAGAAAAUGGUAAUGCUGGAAAUCAUGGCAGAUGACAUUCCAGAAAAUCAUGAGAUUAUCAGUGUGGAGCUGUCUCAUGCAUCAAACGGGGGAUCCAUUGGGAGAGAGCGGGUGGUAAACAUUACUGUUCCUGCCAAUGAUAAUCCAUAUGGUACAGUGUUCUUCAGACAGUCCGUGUAUCGUGUUCUAGAGCCUCUAGAACAAAAUUCAGUAGCAAACAUUACAGUGAGAAGAAGUGGAGGAAAGUUUGGAAGACUUCAGAUUUUUUAUAGCACUGCUGAAAUAGAUGUUGUUGAACUUGCCAUACAAGAAGGCCAAGAUAUGAUCUCUUACUACGAUCCUGCAACAAAAGGAAUCAAUAGCAGCUCCUCAAGGACAGAAGUAAAUGUUACAGCAUCGAACCAGCCACUACUUACCUGUGCCACUGUGUGCCUGAAAGAACGAACAUGUACAGCCUUCUCAUUUGCUAAUGUUUCUGGCAGAGCUACAUGUUACUGGAUGAUCACAUCAAGCAGCAGUGUGACCAACACAUCAGUUUUUCUGACUUUCAAAAAAAAUCUAACCAGUGUAUCUCAGUUGUUUAGUUCACAAGCCACUUCUGGUAUUGACUUUCAGCCAGCUAUUGGCCAUUGGACAAUUAUGAUGGAGGGAGAAGAGUUUGCCAAUGUCACAGUCACACUCCUCACUGACAAUUUACCAGAAAGAGAUGAAUCAUUUACUGUCUUGUUACAGAGAGUGGAACUUGUAAAUAUCACAGCAAGUUUAAAAAACCAGCCCAGCAUAGGGCAACCAAAUAUCACAGCAGUUGUAAUUGCAAUGAAUGGGGAUGCAUUUGGAGUGUUCCUAAUUUACAGCCUUAGUCCUAAUGCAACAGAAAAAGGACUUUACCUAGAAGUAACUGAACAACCACAGAACACUGUACCACUAGUGAUAGAGAGACGAGGAGGAAGUCUGGGUCAGGUGACUGUGGAAUGGAGUGUGAUUGGUGGAACAGCCACCAGGAACAUAGAUUUCCUUGGAGAUGGUGGGAAGUUAACAUUUGAAGAAGGAGAUGUGAAAAAAACAAUCACAAUUACAAUUUUGGAUGACAAGGAGCCUGAGGACAAUGAAAGUAUUGUGAUCAGCUUGACCAACACAGAAGGCGGGAGUCGUAUUUUGCCAAGCUCAGACAGAGUCACAUUGGUCAUUCUAGCUAAUGACAAUGUUGCAGGAGUCAUUAGUUUCCAGAUGGCAUCACAAUCUGUAACUGGUCGUGAAGGAGAAACUGUGACUCUCAAUGUUGUGCGAACUGCUCCUGGACGUGGGAAUGUUACUGUUAACUGGAGAAUUUAUGGAAAGCUUGUGGAACAAAACUUCAUGAAUUCUACAGGCAUAAUUUUCUUCCCUGAGUUUUCACUGAAUGCAGCCAUUUCGCUAACCUUACUGGAUGACAAUAUUCCUGAAGAAAAAGAGAAUUACAGAGUCACCUUAUCAGAUAUCAAAACUCAAGGUGUUUCACCUUCAGGCCUCGCAGUUCUCGACAGUCAAGGGUUUGAAGCUGUGCUGACUGUAGAAGCUAGUGAUGAGCCGUAUGGUGUUUUGAGAUUUGCUCCGACUUCCCAGAUGGUUACCACACAAGAGGCUAACCAAACCAUCCAACUUUUCAUCACCAGGGAAUUUGGAUCUUUAGGAGCAGUAAACCUGACGUAUGAGACUGUCAAAGGUUCAGUCCGGCCUUUAAAUCUGUCAGAUGGUGCUUUAGCAGAGCCAGGCCUCGACUUCAUCUCUGUGUCUGGGUCACUGAUGCUGCAAGCAGGACAGACGUCUGCAGUGAUCAGCGUCACUAUUUUGGAGGAUGAUGUACCAGAACUGCAAGAAUUCUUCCUUGUUAACUUGACAUCAGUAGAGCUUAUCACACACAUUCUGACUGCAUCCCCUCCGAGGCUUGAUGCUGUAGGUCUGGUUGCCCAAGUGACUAUUGAUGCCAAUGAUGGGGCUCGAGGAGUUAUUCAGUGGCAGCUUACAAAUUUUCAGGUAAAUGAAACUGCUCAGAAUCUUACACUGGUCAUAUAUCGCAGCAAAGGAACAUUUGGAAAUGUGUCAGUGUUCUUCUACCCACAGAACCUUGAGGCUCAUCUGGGGCAGGACUACAAUGCUACACCAAGGGUUUUGACAUUUACUGAAGGGGAAAGGUACAGAUUUGUUGAUGUGCAUGUGCUUGACGAUGAUAUUCCAGAGGGUGAUGAGAAAUUCCAGUUAAUUCUUGCUAACCCAUCCAAUGGUCUGGAGUUGGGACAGAACUCGACAGUUACUGUCACUAUUCUUGCGAAUGAUGAUGGUCAUGGAAUAUUGUCCUUCAACAACAGCCAGCACUUUUUUCUAAAGGAGCCCACAGCACAGUAUUUAUCAGAAAGUGUAGCUACUCUUUACAUAAUUCGAGAGCCACCUCGUGGAAUAUUUGGGACUGUUUCAGUUCAGUAUGUUAUAACUAACAUAAAUGGAUCAGAUCCCUCUUUUGACCUCACUUCAUCUCAUGGAUACGUUAUACUUGAAGAGGGAGUAAGCUUCAAGAUUCUAGAGAUUUCUGCAAUACUGGAUGAAGAACCAGAGAUGGAUGAACUUUUCACAGUGACACUUCUUAACCCAACAGGAGGCGCACGACUUGGCACCCAUAUAGAGACCAAUAUAACCAUUUUGAAGAAUCAGGCCCCACUUGGGCUCUUCAGUCUAUUUCCUGUUGGAAACAGAACAAAUACCAUAACUGUUGAAGAAGGCAACAGAACAUUGUAUCUGCAGGUGUCUCGCAGUAAUGGGUUGAACACCUCUGUCAGUGUGGAAUGGGAGACACAGUCUGACACUGCAUUUGGUAUAAAGGGUGACAACAGUAUUCUUUCAGUAUUUCAAACCUUCCAAGGACAGGCGGCAUCUGCAUGGUGUUUCUUCACAUUUAAUCAAACUCUUUAUGGUAUUCACCUGCUAAUAUAUCCUGCAGAGGGCCCUUCAAUAGUGUAUCAGUGGAAAGGAUCAUUUGUUCCUCUUCAGGUCCUUAACAUACUGAAUCCCAGAAGCUGUACCAGUUUUUCAGUAAAUGACACAAGCUAUGCAACAGUAACAUAUGGAGGAAUAAAUGGGAGAUUGCCAUCCAAUACCAGCAUCUACUUAUUUAUACCCAAGACUGGACUAAUACUGAUUCAUACAUUAACCAUUCCUGAAACUGCUGAUGUAAGACAUUUUUCACUGAACAACACCAUUUACCUGAUUUUUGCCAGUCCAGAGGUGAGCCCAGCAGCUACACAGGUUUUCAGGUGGAAUGGAAAGACUUUUGACUUUCAUCACAGCUUGCUGACAGUAGGAGCAAGAGGCCUAGCCUUGUUUACCAGAGGAAGCAUCCUUUAUCUUGUUGUUUCCCAGAGUGGCACAAACCAAAGCUCAGUUGUCUACCAGUGGAACAGUGGGCAGUUCAGGAAUCCACAAGGGCUGCCAGUUACUAAAGCAACCCAUGCUGUGUCCUUUACUUCUGGACUGGACAUUUAUUUACUGUUUGCCAGCGCUGAUGAAGAAGGGUCCAGUGGUAAUGGAAGGCUGUUUGUCUGGGAGUCAGGACAAUCUUUUUUCAGACUUCUCCAGUCCAUUCAAUUUGGUGCUGUGAACCAGCUUCACUCAUUCAUACCUUCUUCAGGAUUCACUCACAUUCUUGUUGCUGGAAAGAAUAAGUCUGCCUUGUACUUGUGGAAUGCAGGAGUCAAUCAGUUGUCAUUUGUACUUGAAGCUUCAGCAGCAAAUCAACUGGUCCCUGUUAAUGCACCUUUUGUCAAUGGAACAAAACCACUUAUUGCUAUGGCUGGAAAUUCUUCCUCUCAAAUCUAUGAACUGACCACAAUAUCUAACCAAUCUGAUUUCAUACCAAGUUCAGGUGAGUUUAUAUUUGAUCCUGAAGACAGAGAGCUCAUAGCAGCAGUUACUAUUGUUGAUGACAACAUUCCAGAGGACCAAGAGUCUUUCAGAAUCAGACUGAAAAAUCCUAGAGGAGGGGCUGAAAUCGGUGCCAAUGGCCUGGUGACUGUGAUUAUUCCUUCUAAUGAUGAUGCUCAUGGAAUCGUUGCAUUCAGUCAGAAUUCUUUAUUCAGACAGGUUGAGGAAUUGGAACAGGAUAACUUGGUGACUCUGAGUGUGGAACGUCUGAGAGGAAAUUAUGGACGACUAACAGUGCAGUGGGUUGCCAACGGCAGUAUCACUGACAUAUCUCCUACUGCAGGGGAGGUGACCUUUUCUGAUGGGCAAGCACUUUCCACAAUUUCACUUACUGUUUUAGAUGACAAAAUUCCUGAAAUGGCUGAGACAGUUAGUAUCACCUUAAUAUCUAUUGCAACACUUGGCAUUCGAGACCCUAGUAGGGGAGCAGUCAUUGACACAAAGAGGAACACAGCUGUGCUAACAAUACUGCCUAAUGAUUCUCCUUACGGUGUGAUUGGCUGGCAUACAGACUCACUCUUUGUCAGAGUCAAGGAGCCUGAUGGAAUAACUGCCCUCAACGUAUCUUUAAGAAUUGUGCGGGAACAGGGAUUUGUUGGUGAUGUUGCAGUCUACUUCACAGUCAAACCUAAUCUGACUAUGCAGUCAUCUAGUCAAGCCAUGGAGAAUAUGGACUACAUGACAAGAACAGAUGCAGUAAUCAUAAAGGAGAACACUGCUGGUACAAAUGUGACAGUUGCAAUUUUGCCUGAUGACAUCCCAGAAUUACAGGAAGUCUUUCUGGUGAAUAUUACGACUGUUAAACUGGUAAAUGUAUCUCUCAGUGGAGGAUAUCCCAGUAUCAAGAGACCUGGCAUGGAGAUAUCAGAAAUAAUUAUUGAUGAAAACGAUGAUCCAAGAGGGAUAAUUCAAUUCAGUGUUACCAAGGAUACAACAGGUGCUGUUUUUGGAUAUGAGGUACCCCCUCCAUGGAAUAUACUAAUUCUACCAGUCAUUCGCAAGGCUGGAACCUUUGGCCGAGUAUAUGCAUACUGGGAAGCUCAGCCCUUGAGUGCCAGCUUAGAUGAUUUUAUCCCAUCAUCCGGAAAUCUAACAUUUAUGGAGGGACAGGUAUCUGCCAGUAUAGAGAUCAUAAUUGUGGACGACACAGCAGUCGAGUUCCAAGAGAGCUUCAGCAUUACUUUAACAAGAGUGACAGGCGGUGCAUCUCUAGGAAAUGAAACACAAGUCACUGUCACAAUUCCUCCAAAUGACUCCCCUGUUGGAUCAUUUGGGUUUGAGCAAAAAAUAGUUCAAGUUAGCGAACCCAAGUCACCUGGUGAUCCAGCCAGCAUGGCGUACCUCACUGUAGUGAGAAGUCAGGGUGGAAGAGGUGCUAUCCUAAUCACAUGGGUCGCUGAGGAUGGCGCAAAGGAUGAUCUUUCACCUUUAAAUGGAACAUUACUUUUUAAUGAGACGGAUACAAGGAGAACAUUUGUAGUACGAGCUGUCCCUGAUGCAGUACUAGAAGGAGACGAGAGAUACACAAUUCAACUUAUAUCAGCCACUAAUAAUGCUGAAAUUUCUCCACUAGAUGGAAAGGCCAUUAUUACUAUAUUGGGAGAUCAGGGGGCAUCGGGAUCAGUUGGAAUUACACCAUCUUCCCAGAACAUUCUAAUUGGUGAACCCAUGGCUGCAUAUAAUGGGACUGCCUUGGUUAGAAUAGAGCGUGGACCAGGCAUAUUUGGUGAGAUCACUGUUUACUGGAAUAUUACUCCACCACUUCAAAAUGAAUUUGUGGAAAUAUCAGGAAGAGUUCUCAUGAAAGACCGACAAUCAGCUGCCACUAUUCUGCUACAGGUCCUGGAUGAUGAUAUUCCAGAGGAGAGACGCCCUUAUCAGUUACAGUUAACUGGUGUCAGCAAUGGAGCAGCUUUGAAUGAAUCGCACAGGAUUGCAAACAUCACUGUCGUAGCCAGCGACCUUCCUUAUGGCGAGUUUACAUUUACACAAGAACUGCUGCUGACAAGUGAAGAAGCAAGGCAGGUUAACAUUUCAGUUACAAGAUCUAGUGGACGGUUUGGACAAGUGCAGGUCUGGUACCAGACAUCUAACAGUACUGCCUUUGGGGGAUCUGACUUCAUCUCUACAGUAGGAAGAAUAGUGUUCGAGCCAAAUGUGACAACAAAGUGGUUUACCAUUGACAUACUCGAUGAUAGUGAUCCAGAAGGACCAGAACAAUUCUUUGUAAAUCUAACACGGUUGGAGCUUAUUGGAAGCUGGUAUGAUUUCACCAUUAGAGAAAAUAGACUUCAGCUGGACCAGCCACCCAGAUUCGGCAACCUUUCUUCCAUUCGGAUUGUAAUCCAGAAAAAUGACAAUGCUGAGGGUGUUAUAGAAUUUGAUCCACGGUUUGUAGUUCUACGUGUGGAAGAAGAUGUUGGGACAUUGAUGAUUCCAGUGGUCAGAAGAAAAGGCACUUAUGGAUUUGUGACAGCAGAUUUUACCACUAGAAGUAUAUCUGCAUAUCCUGGUGGUGUGGAUUACAGUGUACCAAACAACUCUGUUAUCUUUUAUUCUGGACAAAACCAGACUUUUAUAAAUAUAACAAUAAUAGACGACACCGAGAGGGAAUUUGAUGAACAGUUUGAGAUCCAUCUAAUUGCAGCAACAGGAGGAGCAGUCCUUGGUGCAGAAGUAGUAACAAAGGUCACCAUUGCUAAGAGUGACUCUCCUAAUGGUGUCAUCCGAUUUGUCAACCAGAGUCGUAUUACCAUACCAAAUCCUAACACAACACAGCUCCUCACCCUGGCACUGGAGAGAACUGGAGGGCUCGUUGGAAAUGCUGAAAUUUCUUGGCACAUCCUUGGGCCCAAUUCUAGAGAAGUUCUGUCAUAUUCGAACCCUGAUAUUGGUGACCCUGUUAAUGGAUCAUUUAAAUUCCAAGAUGGAGAAGGUGGUUUCAGAACAAUUGAUCUCAACAUUUAUCCACAUGAUGAAGUUGAAGUGCAAGAGACCUUCAUUAUAACAUUAGAUAUACUUUCUGGAGAGUCAGAAGUUGAUCCCAAAGCAAAGAAUAUCUCACUAACAAUCCUGAAGUUUGGACAUCCAAAUGGAAUUGUGCAGUUCAGCCCUGAAUCUGUAUUUCCAAAAUCAUAUCAAGAACCAUCAAGAUUUGAAGGACCACUGAGUAUUUCUUUCCUCAUUGUACGACAUCAAGGGACUACUGGGAACAUAACGGUACACUGGGAACUGAGCAGUGACUCUGAUAUAACAGGAGACUUCCAUUUAACCAGUGGGUUUGUCAUUAUUCCUGAUGCGCAUACAGUAUCUCAGAUUGUGAUUGAGUUGCUGCCAGAUGACAUACCAGAACUAGAUGAAAACUAUGCAUUAAAACUCACUUCUGUAGAAGGUGGUGCAGAGCUGGAGGAAGGCAAAGAUACCUCCAGGUUUACUGUUGCUGCAAAUGAUGAUCCUCAUGGUGUUCUGGCCAUAUCCGCUCAUUUACAGUCUGUAAUAGUGCAACCUGAUCUGAGUCGCCACCUUCAAAUUAACAUUACUAGGAAUGCAGGGACAUUUGGCACUCUGUCUGUGACAUAUCUGAUCACAUCAUUUGAUGAGAAGAAGCAAGUGUCUUUCUCUGGAGGACAUGUAAGAAGCAUAACUGUAGAAGAGGGCAAGAGUUUUGCAGUUACCCUUGUGCCAAUAAACAGCCAGGAAUUCCUCCCAACGGGUUAUAAUUUUACUGCUGAGCUGCUUAACGUAAGCCUUAUUAGUGGAAAUUCCUCCAAUCUGCCUCGGAUCCAAAGAAACGCAGAAUCUGCGAUUGUGCCAUUGCCUGAAGAAGCAGCCAACUCUGAGGUUGGCUUUAAGUCUGGACUCAUUCGGCUCACAAACAUCACUGCUGGAACUUGCCAGGCUGCUAUAUCAAGGAGAGGAUUGUAUGGGUCUGUCACAGCUGUGUGGAAAAGUGGGUACCUACCAAAAACAGAUGCUGAAACAGUGCCAUAUGGCAACAUCACUCCUGCAUUUGGGUCCAUUGAAUUUGCUCAUGGGGAGGGGACUGUAUAUGUGCCACUUCAUGUUUCUGCCCUUGUUGGAAAACUCGAAGUUUUUGCCCUGCAGUUGACAGCAGUACACAGCAAUGUCCCUGGAGGUGCAGUGCUGAGAUCAGGAUUCACUGAGGCAGAAAUAGAGCCAAUGGGUGUCUUUCAGUUUGCACCUAACUCGACACAUGUUAUAGUUGAAGAGAAUGUUCAAAAGGUUUUUUUACAUGUCCAGAAGUAUUUUGGUUUCCAUGGAAACAAAACUAAAGUAGGCUAUGAAAUGAUAGCAGGAAGUGCCAAAUCUGGAGAAGAUUAUAAACCAGUACAAAAUGGACAACUAAUUUUUGAGGCAAAGCAAACUGAUGCAAUUAUUAUUGCCAUUGUUAUAGAUGACAAGAUAUUUGAAUCUGAUGAAGAAUUUUAUGUAGUUCUGACCUCUGCUGAAACACUGGAUGAAAAACUAAAAGAUUCACUACCCCGUAUCAAUCAGGACUUUAACAAUGCAACAAUAACAAUUUUGGCCAAUGAUAUUGUUAAUGGGUACUUAAGUCUCGGGCCACCUGUGACAUACAUUAAUGAAGACAUUAACAGCACAAGUACUCAUUUUAUUUAUGUUAAGCGGUCUCUAGGCUUUUCUGGGGUGGUACAAGUUACACUGAAAACAUUUGGAAGGAUAGGGAAAGAAAAUGGACUUGCAGGAACUUUAACUGAAAUUGGAAAUUCUCAGUCUAACCUGACAUGGGCCACUGAAGGAUUGGAUUUUGAGGAGCAAAUAACUCUAGUUACUCUACAGGAUGGAGAAAAAGAAGUGAAGGUGCCAGUCAGAAUUACUGAUGACAGUGAACCAGAAGGGCAGGAAAUUUUCUAUGUUUAUCUCUCAGAUCCUGAAGGAGGGGCCCUGAUUGUGGAGGGUGUAGAUCAACAGGGAUUUGCAGCUUUUGCAGCUAUUAUUAUUUUAGGAAGUGACCUUCAGAAUGGCAUCAUGGGAUUUACUGCAGAGUCACAAACAGGUCUGGUAUUGGAUGAAGAUUCUGAUCAGAGAAAACUUCAGCUCACUGUACAAAGACAACAAAACAGAUCAUUUGAAGAUGUACUGAUACAUUGGCGUGCUACUUUUAAUCAGACCUUUGUGGUGCUUCAGUGGAAUGGCACAGACUUAACAAAUGAGUUAGUAAAUGUAACAGGAACUGCCAUCUGCAAUGCAAAACAGACUACCUGCACUAUCACCUUAGAAGUGAGAGAUGACAAGGUUCCAGAGUUUGAAAUAUGGUUUUUCCUUGAGAUCUAUGAAGUAGGAGAAGGAGCAGCAAUAGAUAAUGAGACCCGAUUUGCCAGAAUCAGACUUUUGGAAAGUGAUGACCCUCGUGGCUUAAUAUAUUUUGCAGUGGGGUCAAGAUUACCUGUAGCCCAUCAGAAAACAAAAUCUGUCAGCUUGGUUGUUUCCAGGGAAUCCAGCUUAACGUCAUCCAUCUCUGUGCGCUAUUCAAUGCAGGAGCUCCAAAAUGCUGAAAUGGUAGGCCGAACCUUAAUCUCUCCAGCCAUCCCUGGAAAGGAUUUUGUGAAAUCAGAGGGAACUCUUACCUUUGAACCUGGACACAGCAGUUAUUUGCUUGAUGUUACUCUUACUCCAGAUCAGGCAUCAUCCAGUGCUUAUCCAAAGCGUUUCCAGGUUAUGCUGUCUAAUCCCACAGGAGGUGCCAGGAUUCAUCCAGAGUACAGGAUUGCCAAUGUCACAAUAGUCUCUUCUGUAGAGUCACAGUCUGUAUGGGGUCUUGUGGGUCAGCUGUAUCAGCCACUGGAUGACAACAUUGUGAAAAGGGUUCUGCAGAAUUUGAGUAAUAAGGUUGUCACAGAAAUAAAUGGAGAGCAACUCGGAGCUGUCAUAACUGUACUAGAAAAGGUAUCAGCAGAUGGAAAAACAAGAACUCUGGACGAAUUAAGCAGAGCUGCAUUUUAUGAUAUUUUGUGCAUGCUGGUCAACCCAAGCCGCACUGACACAAAAGGUUACAGCUACCUCUCUGACGUUGCUGAAAACUUUGCCUUUUCUCUUCUUACCAGCACAGAAUGUGGUUCACUUGGUAUAAGUGGUAAAACAGUCCUCGAGAGCUGUCAGUACAUGAGCAUAAAAUCUUAUCACUGGUACCCUCAGCAGAUCAACGGACACAAGUUUGAUGGGAAGACUGGCGAUUACUUCCAGAUUCCACAGCGCUUGCUGGAUGCGUCAUCCAUCUCAUCCAAUAGCAGCAUGCUUGGCCCCUGUGAAUUUCUGCAGUUCACAGAGUACAGCAGCCAGCAGUGGUUUGCAAAUAAUGAUAAAAGAAAAGCUUUAAAUGACAGGAUUUUUUCAGUCAGCUUGAAACAAAGUAAUUCCCGCCCUUUGAAUAAUAGUGAGGUCACUUUCAGGAUUCUCGCUGGUGACAAGAGGAUCAUUCCUGGCAAAUCUCUAUGUCUUCUCUGGGAUCAGGGAGCAGGAAGGUGGAUAACAAAUAAUCAGUACUGUCGACUAUUAGAAGAUACAGCUAACUAUGUGGAGUGCGCCUGUUCCCAUAUGUCAGUGUAUGCUGUAUAUGCUGAGACAGAUAACUUAUCUACAUACAAUGAAGCCUUUUUUUCUGCUGGAUUCAUCUGUAUAUCAGGCUUUGUUUUGGCUAUCCUGUCGCAUGCAUUAUGCUCCAGAUUCUCCAUGUUUGCAGCAAAGCUUCUUACUCAGAUGAUGGUCGCCUGCUUAGGUGCUCAGAUUUCAUUUGUGGUAUCUGCUUACACUAGCCGCCAGCUACCUGAAGUAAAUUGCUUUGCUCUGGGAUUAAUGGCUCACUACUUCUACCUCUGUCAGUUCAGCUGGAUGCUUAUUCAGGCUGUUAAUUUCUGGCAUAUUUUGGUAAUGAAUGAUGAGCACACAGACCGACGGUAUCUACUGUUGUUUACACUGAGCUGGGGGCUUCCUGCUAUUCUCAUCGCCUUGCUCGUUAUUGUCCUGAAAGGUGCUUACAAGUGGCAUAUAUCUGAGAUCUACGGCACCAUUUAUGGAGACCUGUGUUUUAUUCCAAAUGUAUACGCUGCACUUUUCACUGCUGCUCUAGUUCCCAUGAUGUGCCUUGUCGGGGUCUUUGUGGUUUUUGUACAUGCCUAUCAGGUUACUCAGCAAUGGAAGGCAUAUGAUGACAUUUUUAAAGGCAGGACGAAUGGUGCAGAGGUUCCAUUGGUACUGUAUCUUUUUGCACUGAUCUCAGUUUCAUGGUUAUGGGCAGGACUGCAUAUGGCGUAUCGACAUCUUUGGAUGCUUGUUCUGUUUGUCAUCUUUAACAGCCUGCAGGGUCUGUAUGUAUGUGUGGUAUAUUUUAUAUUGCACAAUCAGCUGUGCUGGCCAGCAAAAGCUAGUUACACUGUGGACACAAAUGUGCAUUCGGGUUCAGGUUCUGCCUUUUUUACUCAUGGAAGUGGGAUGCCAGUCCUAGGAGGAGAUAUCAACAAGUCCACGCAGAAUCUAAUUGCAGCUAUGGAAGAGGUAACUGCUGAUUGGGAAAGGGCAUCUCUGCAACCUGGCAGCCAAACAAGUUCUUUGUACAAACCCAGUCCACAGAAUGGACGUGCCUUCACUACUACUGGUGGCUUUAUGAAUGGAUCAUUGAUGGCUGAUGAAGAAUCACAGGAAUUUGAUGACUUAAUUUUUGCUCUAAAAACUGGACUAGGCCUUAACAUUGGCGACAAUGAAUCUAUACAUGGAAGUCAAGAUGGUGGCAGUACAGCUAACUCACAGAUUGUUGAACUUAGAAGAAUACCAAUAGCAGAUACUCAUCUCUAGUUUUUUUAAUGAAAAGAAGUCAUUAUUUUUGUAUGGCAUCAUUUUGCACUAAAAUAAGUUUAGAUUUUGUUUACAAUGUUUUCAUACAUAAUGAGAAAGCGUUUGACAAACAACAAAACUGCCUAUCAGGAUUCAAUGGGUUGAUUGUCAACACUUUGAAGAACAUAAGUGUUCACCCCUAACUUGGAUGUAUAUAUUCCAUAGGCUGUAGAUAUGGUUAACUAAUCUCAUUAAUCAUGUCAUGUUAAAUGUUCAAUAAACCACAUACAAUCUUU